GAAGACAAGUUCACAAAACAUUCAUUCCUGGUGAUCAUAUGCCAUGAAUAAUCUGUAAAUCUCUAAGCUCUCCUUGGUGAUCUAGGUGGAAUCUCAUGGACAACACCACCUGGGUAGCCAACUACACUGGAUGGUCAGAUUUCUUUCUGGUGGGAGUCUUCAGUCAACCCAAGCACCCAGCUUUCCUUUGUGUGACCAUUUUUGUGGUUUUCUUGAUGGCUUUGUCUGGAAACACCAUCCUGAUCCUUCUGAUACACUCUGAUGCCCACCUCCACACCCCCAUGUAUUUCUUCAUCAGCCAAUUGUCUCUCAUGGACAUGAUGCACAUUUCUGUCACUGUGCCCAAAAUGCUCAUGGACCAGGUCAUGGGUGUGAAUAAGAUCUCAGCCCCUGAAUGUGGGAUGCAGAUGUUUCUCUACUUGACACUAGGAGGUUCAGAAUUUUUCCUUCUAGCUGCCAUGGCCUAUGACCGUUAUGUGGCUAUCUGCCGUCCACUCUAUUAUCCAAUCCUCAUGAACCACAGGGUGUGUCUCCUCUUGGUAUCUGGCUGCUGGUUCCUGGGAUCUGUGGAUGGCUUCAUGCUCACUCCUGCCACCAUGACCUUCCCUUUCUGCAGAUCCUGGGAGAUCUAUCAUUACUUCUGUGAGGUCCCUGCUUUAAUGAAGCUCUCCUGCUUGGACACCUCCCUCUAUGAGACACUCAUGUACCUGUGCUGUGUCCUCAUGCUCCUCAUCCCUGUAACAGUCAUUUCAAGCUCCUAUUCUUUCAUCCUCCUCACCAUCUACAAGAUGAGCUCAGCAGAGGGGUGGAAGAAGGCCUUCACCACUUGUUCUUCUCACAUGACUGUGGUCAUCCUCUUUUAUGGGGCUGCCGUCUACACCUAUAUGCUUCCUAGCUCCUACCACACACCUGAGAAGGACAUGGUUGUAUCUGUCUUUUACACCAUACUCACUCCUGUUCUAAACCCUUUAAUCUAUAGUCUUAGGAAUAAGGAUGUCACAGGGGCUCUAAAGAAAAUGUUGAAUGUAGCAUCUCUCUUUCAAGAAACUAGAAAGUAAGAAAUUUGGGUACUAAUGAUUUGUUUUCCUUCUCUAUACACAUAAAAAGUUUAGGAUCUUAUGCCGAUGUAAUUCCUCAGAUUCCCACUAUAUGAUGUGUCAUCCCAUAUUCAUCCCUUUUGGAGGCAUUGUUUUCCUGUACUGGAAAGCUCUUCACUUUUACACUCCUUCUACAUUGAAAAUAUAUAUACAAUUGUAUCAAUGCUAUAUUUUCUGAAGGUGAUAACUGUACUGUUAUUCUGUGGAAGAAAUUCAUAUUCUUAGGAAAUAGAUAAUGAAAAUAUUUAAAGGAAAAUGAUCAUAAGGUGUGCAACUGAUGAGUUAGAGAGAGAAAAGUGAUGGAGCAAAACGGAUAUAAUGUUAAUAGAUGAAUCUAGGUAAAGGGUAUAUGAGUGUUAAUUGCACUGUUACUAUUCAUGCUACUUUUCUGUAAAUUUGAAAUUACUCAAAGAGUAAAGUAUCAGACUUUUCUCCCUUUCUUUGAGUUCCUAAUUUUUGCUUGGUGGCAAUGUAAGUGACAUAUCUUAGAAAUCAUGCUCACUCAUCUUAGCGUGGCUGAUCAUUA